AUGGCUAAGUUGGAUUAUUCAAAAUUAGUCAUAGGACAUUUUCAACGGGAAAAUUUACCUGUUAUUCCAUGCAAAAACAGUAUCAGACGUAUUUUUGAUAAAUUUGUUGAAACUGGUUCAAUACAUGAUCGUGGACGUUCAAGACGACCAUCAACAGUAACAGAUGAAAAAGUUGAAGAAAUUGCUGAAGCUUUGUCAGUUAAUCCAAUCAAUAGUGUUCGUAGUAUAUCUCGUAAACUUAAUAUUUGA